AUGGUGACACUGUUGAAGCUGCUGCUGCUGCUGUUUCCUCAGUUGGCAUACAAAAUAGAUCCCAUUAAUUGCUUGGUCAAUGAUCCUCCCCAUGUUCCUCAUCAGUGGUAUCAACCGGGAGACCUCCACAUUGGUGGGAUCACUUCUCUGAUCAUCCAUACUUUCCACACUUUUUCUUUCAAGGAACAUCCUUCACAGAAGUUUCCUGAGGUUCCAAUUCUGGUGACAAAGUUCUAUCAGCAUGUCCUGGCCUUGGUGUUUGCCAUCAAUGAGAUCAAUGAGGAUCCCAAGAUCUUGCCCAAUGUUACACUUGGCUACCACAUCUAUGACAGCUACUAUGAUGCCAGUCUGACUUAUCAUGUCACAGCAGAGCUACUCUUCAAAUCACACAGAUUUGUCCCCAACUACAAAUGUGGGACUCAAAGAAACCUAAUAAAUGCCAUUGGCGGACUAGGCUCUGAUAUCUCUUUCCAUAUUGAAGACAUCUUAAGUGUCUACAAAAUUCCACAGAUUGCAUAUGGCUCAUUUGCCCCAGAAGAGAGUGUCAAAACACAGGUCUCCUCCUUUUACCGCAUGGUCCCAAAUGAAGCUCAUCAGUACAAGGGGAUUAUCCAUUUACUUAAGCAUUUUGGAUGGACAUGGAUUGGAUUUUUUAUUGUGGAUGAUGACAGUGGAGAUAAUUUCUUGCAGGCGCUAGAAUCAUUGUUUUCCCAGAAUGGAAUAUGUUUGGCCUUCAUCCAAAGAACCCCACAGCAAGUCUAUUUGAAUGACAUCUAUGAAAUCAAUAGCAUGUUCUUACAGGUGUAUCUGCCAUUCAUGGAGACCAGUGCCACUACCAUUAUUGCCUAUGGCGAAACCUUGAGCAUUAUGUGGCUGAACUAUUUUCUGCUUCUAGGAACUAAUAGAUAUGAAGAAAUCACAUCGGUUGCAAAGGUGUGGAUUCUGACAGCCCAGACUGAUUUUGCAAUUACAAGCCUCCAAAGGGCAUCAGAUUUGCACCUCUUCCAAGGAGCCAUUUCCUUUGCAAUUCAUUCAAGUGAAAUUCCAGGGUUCAAGCAAUUUCUGGAGAACAAAAGACCCCGCUGGUCCAAAGCAGAUGGUUUUCAGAAGAACUUCUGGGAGCAAGCUUUUGAUUGUUCAUUUCCAAAUCCACAAGAACCAAUGGAAGCUGAGGGAAUGUGUACUGGGGUAGAGAAGAUGGAAAGCCUUCCAGAAUCAGUUUUUGAAAUGCGCAUGACUGGUCACAGCUACAGUAUUUAUAAUGCUGUCUAUGUGACAGCACAUGCUCUCCAUGCCAUGUACACCUCUAGAGCAAAUGACAGAAGAAUUGAACUUCAAAGUUUCCACCCUUGGAAACUUUCACAGUUUCUUCAAGCAAUUUAUUUUAACAACUCUGCGGGAGAGAAAAUAUCUUUUAACAGUAAAAGGGAAAUGGAAGGUGGAUUUGACAUAAUGAACAUGGUCACUUUCCCAAACCACUCCUUUGUUAAAGUGAAAGUAGGAUGGGUAGAUCCCAGUGCUCUAGAAGAGAAUGCAUUAACCAUUCAUGAGGAUAUGAUAGUGUGGCACCACAGUUUUAACCAGGCCCUCCCUCUUUCUUUGUGCAACGAACAUUGCUAUGCUGGCUAUCAAAAGAGGAAAAAGGAAGGGAAGAAAUUUUGCUGCUAUGAUUGUUCAAAGUGCCCAGAAGGGAAGAUUUCAAAUUCCAAUGACAUGAGUAAUUGUUUCUAUUGUCCAGAAGAUCAGUAUCCAAGCAAGGACCAAGACAGUUGCAUUCCAAAGACAUUUUCUUUUCUAUCUUACCAAGAACCUUUAGGUAUUAUUUUAGCUUCAGCUGCUGUUUCCCUUUCCCUGAUCACAGCCUUGGUGUUGGGAAUUUUUAUUAAGCACAAAAGUACCCCCAUUGUCAAAGCCAGCAACUGGGACCUCACCUACAUCCUCCUCAUCUCUCUUCUCCUCUGUUUCCUCAGCCCUUUAAUGUUUAUUGGAUGGCCAAACCAUGUGACCUGCUUGUUGCAGCAAUUUGUUUUUGGCAUCAUAUUCUCUGUAGCUGUCUCUUGUGUGUUGGCCAAAACCUUCACUGUGGUUGUGGCUUUCAUGGCCACCAAACCAGGGUCCAACAUGAAGAAGUGGUUGGGGAAAAGAUGGGCCAACUCCAUUGUGUAUUCUGGCUCCCUCAUUCAAGCAAGCAAUUGUAUGGUUUGGCUGGCAACCUCUCCUCCUUUUCAAGAUGUUGAUAUGCUGUCACUCACCAAAGAAAUCAUAGUAAAAUGUAAUGAAGGAUCUCCCAUCAUGUUUUACCUUGUCCUGGGCUACAUGGGACUUCUGGCCAUCAUCAGUUUCAUGGUGGCUUUCCUAGCCAGAAAGUUGCCAGAUUCUUUUAAUGAAGCCAAGUUCAUCACCUUCAGCAUGCUGGUGUUUUGCAGUGUUUGGUUGUCUUUUGUCCCAGCCUACCUGAGCACUAAUGGGAAAUAUAUGGUAGUUGUGGAGAUCUUCUCUAUCCUAGCCUCUACUGGUGGGAUACUGGGCUGUAUAUUUUCUCCCAAAUGCUACAUUAUUUUGCUGAGGCCUGACUUAAACUGCAGGGAACAAUUAACAAGGACAAAGCACCUAUAG